AUGCUAAGCAAAAAGGCAGUAACUGACCACAAUAACUUGGAUGGUAUUAGAAGAGAUGUUUUUUCUAGUAAUGAUUUACCUCUACGAUCACAUUAUGAUCAACAUGAAGAUUUGAAUAAUGUCAUUAAAACUGAUAUAGUUGAAUUAUCUAAUAAUCCUGAACAUACAGAAGAAAAUUAUGACACCUUGGGCUAUAAAACAAAACACACUGAUAAUGAAAUUUUUAUUUUAAGUAACAUUUCGUCGAACUCUAUAUUGGAUGAUUCGGAUAAAGAUAAAGACUACAUACCACCUGGUGAAAAUAAGAGACAUUUGGGAGAAUUUGAUGAUGACUUAGAAGUUGAAGUAAUCAAUAAUGAUUCAACUGAAGUAGAUAUGGAUUAUUCGGAUAAUGAACAAAAUAUUCUAUCUUUGAUGAACUACUUGUGUGAAAAUGUUUGUCAAGAACCAUGACCAUCAAUCAUAGUGGGUAGUGCGACAGAGUAUUCAGUUGAACUUUAUACGAAGUCUGGGAAGCAAAGAAAACGUAAAAAGUUCAAAACCAGUGUUCAAAAAAGAAAGGAUAUUAAAAAAAAAAAACUGUAUUAAAACACAAGGUACUUGAAUUUUGUGAUGUAAAUAAUUGUAAAAAGAAUUGUAUUACUAAUAUAUCUGGAGAGCGACGCUAUGUAAUUUUAAUGAUUAAUAUUGGAAGAUGGAUACUAAUCAAAGAAAACAAUUUAUUUUGAACGUAUGUAUACCAACAGAAGUCAAACGGAGAUCAGUUAAUGCAAACAUUAACCGAAAAAAUAAACAUAUAUUUAUCGCUUAACUAAUAACAAUUUUAAAUGUUUCGAUGUAUGUAAAUGGUUUUUCUUCACAACGUUAGGAUUUAAAAAAAAUAAUGACAAGGUAGUAUACAAUGUACUCAAUAAAACUCCUCCAGAAAAUAUUAUACCUGAACUUGUUAAAAGAGGUCAUAAGCCUCACAAUAAAUAUAAAUUUAAUGAACAUAUAGAGUCAUUUCACCCAACAAUUUCUCACUAUAGGCGCGAACAUGCUCAUAAUGUUCGUUAUUUUCCCGGUGAUGUCAACAUUGUAAUGAUGCAUCAAGACUUUUUAAUCAAACAUCCAAAUCAGAAUAUAUCAUAUGAAUUAUACAGAUGCAAAUUGAAAGAAAAAAAAAUGUCUUUUACUAACCUAGGACAUGAAGAGUGUGAACUAUGUGAAUAAUUCAACUUACAUGAACACAAUAAAAAUUCAAUUCAAGAAGACUGUGAAACAUGUAUUACAUGGAAAAAAUACGAGACAAAGUAAACAGAUGCUAGAGAUCUGUAUAAAAUACAUUCAAGACAAAAAGAUAAUAUUAAUUAUUGUGUUACAGUUUCUGCAGAUUUACAAAAAGUGAUUAUGCUUCCAAGAGCUGAAAUGUUUGAAAAAGUAAUUUUUACAAGGCGUAUAAUUGCAUACCACGAAAGUUUUGUUCCUGUUGGUUUUAAUUCCAAUAUUAAAUCACUAGCUUGUAUUUGGCAUGAAGGAACUACUGGGCGAAACAAAGAAGAUAUCAUAAGUAAGUUUUAUGCGUUUAUAAAAAAACAUAAAGAUAUUUCAACUCUUCAAAUUUGGCUGGAUAAUGGCGCCAGUCAGAAUAAAAAUUGGUGUCUUCUAAUACUUCUUGUUUAUAUUGUGAACUCGUGUGAAGUAUCGACUAAUACAAUUAAAAUAUACUACUUUGAACCAAGACAUACAUAUAUGAGUGCUGAUAGUUUUCAUCAUCAGGUAAGCUUUAAAAAAAACAAAAAAAGACAUAUGACUUUAAUGAUUUUGAACAUGUUGUUAUAAGUUCAAACAGUGGAAAAAUUGAUGUGAACAUAAUGGAUCAUACAUCAUUUUACAGUUGGAAAAGAUUUUAUGUCAGUUCAAAAGUUACAAAAAAAAAAUCGUAUUUUAUUGAAGGAUAUCGUAUGCAUUAAAGUUGAAAGAGGAAAAUUUAUUUUGAAUUUUAAAACUAAAUUAACUAAUACAGAAUAUCAGGAAUUGGAUUUUCUAUGCAAGAAAAAUAUGAAAAAAGAUGGAAUUCCUAUUGCUUUACCAAAAAUAAAACCAUGUGGUGUUCCCGAGGAAAAAGUUGAGAGUACCUAAUCUAAUGGUACGGGGAUACACCGCAAAAUGUUUGUCCACUAUUCCGCUUGUCAAAACUUUAAAUAAAUAUAACUCAUA